AUGUUGGGCCUCAGCCCAUGAUAUAGAAAGAAGAAGUGCGCGUGAAGCCCGGGAUAGAAAGAAAAGGUGCGUGUGAAGCCCGGGGCCCUCUCCGGACUUGACGCCACUUCUUUCUUCAGGUAUAGAGAGGUCCCCCAGAACUACCGAAGAUAAACCGGCUCCGCGUUCUUCGCGUCUUCUCCAGUUGCGACGCGAUUGGGAAAUCAGAUAUUACCCACCUCCAAAACUUUCAUACGUACUUACUCAAUAUUCGAUUCAAUCGCCGACCUGUACCUUUCACUCGUACCUACACCUGUAUCGUCUGUACCUCAUUCCUCUCCUGUAGUGGAGGUGUUCGCACCUUCCUGAACUCUCAAACUUCGCGGAUCUCCCGCCAUGGCUCUUGAGAACUUUGAAGGAAUAUAUCUCGACUUAUCGAAGCAGUCCGGCAAAUGUCGAUUUGCGGAGACCGGUCUUGGAUGGAAGCCUCAAGGCGGCGGCGACACCUUCACUCUUGAUAAGUCACAACUCAAUCAAGCGAUCUGGAGCAGAGCGUCACGAGGAUAUGAAGUCAAGGUCUUGACUAGAGAGGGUCAAGUCUACCAACUAGACGGCUUCCAGGCAGAUGAUUUUGAUCGCUUAAGCAAAACUUUCAAAUCCUGGUAUACACUUAAUCUAGAGAACAAAGAGCAUGCUAUACGUGGAUGGAAUUGGGGCAAAGCCGACUUUGCAAAAGCAGAGCUCGUCUUUAACGUCCAAAGCAGGCCCGCCUUUGAAUUGCCCUAUGCCGAAAUAUCGAAUGCGAACCUUGCUGGCAAGAAUGAGCUUGCAGUGGAAUUCUCGCUCCCAGGCGAUGGUGAUGAGACGGGAACCAACGGGCAUCUAGGAGGAGCAAGAGGUCAUGGAAAGAAGGCUGGUGGUGCACGCGAUCAGCUAGUAGAGAUGCGCUUCUAUAUCCCCGGAACCACGACUACCAAGGUUAAAAAAGGCAGCGAUGACGAGGGAAGUGAGGAUGAAGGAGACGCUGAAGAGGAUCGAAAUGCCGCUGAGCGAUUCUACGAUGAGCUAAUGGCCAAGGCCGACAUUGGCGAAGUUGCUGGUGACAGUAUCAUUAAAUUUGAUGACAUCCUGCACCUCACCCCCAGAGGUCGUUUCGAAGUGGAUCUUUACGAAAGUUUCUUCCGUCUCCGUGGUAAGACGUAUGAUUAUAAAGUGCAAUACGAACAGAUCAAGAAAUUCAUGAUUCUACCAAAACCCGACGACGUUCACCAUCUUAUCACUAUUGGCAUCGACCCUCCUCUCCGCCAAGGUCAAACGCGAUACCCCUUCCUUGUCAUGCAAUUCAAGCGUGAUGAGGCAGACGACUAUACACUUAAUAUGACCGAGGAUACCAUAAAGGAGAAGUACAACGGUAAAUUACAAUUGGAAUACAACGGGCAACCUAUCUAUAAUGUUAUGGGAAACAUCUUCCGAGGACUUACCGGCAAAAAGAUUGUACAGCCCAGCCGCGAGUUCACAUCUUAUCACAGCCAAUCUGGUGUCAAAUGCUCCAUUAAAGCCAACGAGGGAUUCAUCUUCUGCCUCGACCGAUCAUUCAUGUUCGUUCCUAAACCCGCUACCUAUAUCGCCUUCGAUAACAUUCAGACGAUCACAAUGUCCCGUGUCGGUGGCGCCGUAUCCGCCUCUCGCACCUUCGACUUGCUCAUAACGAUGAAGAACGGUGCACAGGAACACCAAUUCAGCAACAUCAACCGCGAAGAACAAAACGCCCUCGAGAGUUUCUUCCGCGCCAAGAAUCUAAAGACUAAGAAUGAGAUGACAGAUGAUUCAGGCGCGUUGCUGGCAGCAGCAAUUCAAGCAGGUGACCUUGAUAGUUCUGACGAUGAAGCAGGUGCGGCCAGAGGAAGCGCGGACGAGGAUUCGGAGGAAGCCGAUGAGGACUUUCAAGGUGACUCAGAGAGCGACGUCGCAGAAGAGUACGACUCCGCGCACGAAAGUAGCGAUGGCGAUAGCGACGCGGAUAUGGAAGAUGGCGAUGGCGAUGCGGAUGACGAUGAUGGUGGUGACGACGACACAGAGUUGGCGGAGAGGCCGAAGAAGAAGUCGAAAACUUCAAAAUAAGGUAUUCUACGUGGGGUUCAUGAUUCUUGGCUAUUAUGAAGAUUUUCCCUGAAGCUAGACUCCGUGGAAGGAAGAGGCGUUUGUGGCGGAAUUGAAUGGUCCAUGCAUUCAUUAUAUUGGAACAGUCUCGUCGGACAUGCUACGCAGUUGUCUUCCACACGUUUCGAUGUGGAGACAUAGCCAUAGCCUGUCGUCUACUUUCCUGCGUCUCUAGACGACGUCAAGAUUCAGGCGUGCAUACUCUUAGCUACAUAGCUAUGAUUAAGCGUAC